UAUCUGUCAUAACAUAAACACACAACACACACUUCACAAAAAGCAAGCGAGGGAAGCACCACACAGCAUCACUGGAAAUGGAAAUUACUCGAGUAGUAAAACUCCCCCUAAAGAACAGUGUAUCUUUAAAUGUGUAGUGACAAGAAUUAUCAGCCAUAGCAGAUUACAAUAAAAUACAAUCCGGUUCGAGAAAGGAGAAGCGGAGGUAGUGGUGUAGCAUCAGCAAAGCUAAGGCAGCAUCAGCACAAGCAGUGCGUGCAGGUAGUGGUUUGUGCAGGCAUAAGCAUUCAUCUGGAUUCGAAAACACGCGAUGAACUUAGUAAUAACGAUGGAGGUUCCCUCCGAGGGUCCAGGAACGUACUGCCGUCUGUGUCUAAGCAGGUGUGGCCUCAGGCAAAUAUUUUCUAUGCAAGCCUCAGACAAAAAUGUAUGGACUAGCAACAAUUCGUCCGAGCUGGUUGAGAAAAUUUACGAAUGCACCAACAUACAGCUCUCCUCCUCGGCGGAUGCGGAAUGUGCCAUCUGCGGCCGUUGUUUGCUGGCGGUGCAGGAUUUUUACCACUUUCGUGUGCGCAGCAACAAGGUGAAUGAGCUUAUUCAAAAUUUGACAAUCGCUACCGAUAAGGUCGAAAGUAUACCCGUUCCACUGACAGAAGCUGCGAUCGGCAACCAGUAUCAAUGCGCAAACUGUUUGGCAAAGUUUCAUCAUAUUCGAUCGCUAAGACAGCACCACAAGCUGUUUUGCAUUGGUAAACCAAAAACCAGCGAUGGCACUUUAAUUAUCGAGCACAUCGAUGAACAGAUGGAAAGCGAAAGUGUGGACUACAUAACGCCCGACGAUCCCCCAAUUCCUGCCCCGGUCGCGCAGCCGGUGCAGCCAGCCAAGCAAUCCAUGGAACCACAGGAACCACCAGUCAUGGUCGACGAACCUGUCGAAGUCGUUGAGCAGGGCGUAAAAACAUUCCCCAGACCUCCAUACUCCUUCUCGUGCCUAAUCGGGUUGGCCCUGAAAAACUCACACUCCGGAUUACUGCCCGUGCCCGACAUCUACAGCUUUGUUUGCGAACACUUCCCAUACUUCAGGACAGCGCCGAGAGGGUGGAAAAACUCCCUUCGGCACAAUCUGUCACUCAGCAAGUGUUUCAAGAAGAUCGAAAAACCGCUAUCGUCCGGAGCCUAUCGCAAGUGCUUCUUUUGGAUGAUCAAACCGGACAAGCAGGCAAAGCUGGACGAGGCAGUGCAGCGGUGGUUCCGCAGGGACCCGGACAUCAUUCGCCAAGCGAUGGCACACCCCGAAUAUCUGACGGCGCUCGAGCGGGGCGAGAUGAAGCACGGCUCUGUGCUAUACGAUCAUAUCGACCUGGAGGACGAUCUCGACGAAGACAACGGGGAGGAGGACGAUGAUGUGGAGUUCAUCGAGCCCGAGGGUGAAACGCUCGACGACGAUGCGGAAAGGUACAUCAUCGCCACGCUGGAUGCUGGAUUGAAGGAUGAUGAUGAGGAUGAUGACGAUAAUGAAGAGGAGAUGCCGACGUGGUCCACCGAGAAUCGGCAAACCAUUCAGCUGCCGAUGAUCGAACCCGGUCAAAUAGUUGCAAAUGAGGUUGAAGAAGAAUACUUAGAACUGGAAGAGGAAGGGGAUGACGAUGGCAUGGAGAUCAUCGAACCCAAGCACGAAACAAUCGAUUUUGAUGCAGAUCGCUCAAUCAUUAAAAUGCCGGAAUUGGUAAUUCAUGGUGAAGAGGAAGAAGGCGGUCAUCAGGUCAAUUUCAAUUUAGAGGUUCCUGAUUAUUACGCAUCCGCGAAGGUUGAUUCCAAACACAGCAUGCUUGCGUUGGCCGAAUUGACCGAAGAGGAUCUUGUAUCGCUCGAAAAUGAAGAUGAAUUCCUGCUUAAGCAGCCCCAAAAGCAUCGGCAACAAACCGAGCAACAAAAUUCAGCAAAACGUGUAAGUAACGAUACGAGCGAGACUGGGGUGAGCUUUCAGCAACAUUUCGAGCAACUGCAGAAGCAGCAAUAUCGGCUACGGAAACACUCUCGCCAGCUUCGGCAGAGAAGCGCUCGCCGAAAGGUUCCGCUGGGUUCGCGAUUGGCGUGAAUUAUCCCCGAGGAGAUGGAUUAGUAGAAUCUUAUGAAUUCAGUAGUGCACAAUGCAAGUUUUACGAAAAACAUUUUUUUUACGAAAAAAGUAAAAAGCAUGGUAAAUGAAUGGUAAAAACAGGUUAAUGUAAAGAUUUUUAGGAUAAGUUUAGAACUUAAUAAUAUUGAUUUUACUGAAGUAAUAGUGUUUUUUUUUACCGAUGAUUAAAGCUAAUUCUAUGAUGCUAAAAAUUUUAAAUGUAAAAUGUUAUGUUAAUUUUUGGACACACUUCGUACAUUUGCUUUAUUGUUUCCAUCAAUUAAAUUCUAAGUAAUGUUUCUUAAAAUGUUCGUUAAUCAAAUUAAAUUAAAUUAAAUAACCAUCAUGGAAAUUUAUUCAGGUAGUACUGCAAACUUUCCACUCUAAACAACACGCUUAGAAUCUUCUUUUUCUUAUUAACGACCUACGCGGUCAUGCUGACUUUUACUGACUUCAUAGCCUUAUUGGGAUGGGAAUGGAUCCUGUCCGGCCUUGAAGGGGCCAGCGCGGAUAUCGUAAAGAUCAAUCCAGGACAUUUAGACACGAAAAAUAAUAAUAAUAAUAAUAAUAAUAAUAAUAAUAAUACCGGCUCUCUACGACUUAAGCAGCUGUUUAAGUUCUUGGGAGAAUUCACAUUGCCUAUCUGGGUGUGUUUUUAUUUUCGUAGUACUGCUCAUUAGUAUUAUUAUUAUUUUCUCAUUAUUUUCGUAGUACUGCUCACCCAGCAAUCUGCCGUUAGCAUGAUACAUCAUAUUAAUCUUUAUCUUAUGUGAGGGAAUAGAGAGCCCCUAAAGAGAGUGCUAAUAGUCCUUAAGUCGGUGUUACAGGCGAAAGAGAAGACAUACCACAAACAUGGAUAGUUUGUAAACAUUUUUAAUCUUCCGCUUACUUUAUCUUAUAAUAAGAUAAAUGUAUUGUUGAAAAUAAGGUUAAGGCACUGAAUGAAUGAGAUGUGUGUGUGAUAAGAGAGUGACGCUGGUACACCAAUAUCAUAAGUUGUAGUAUAUAUGAAUAAUUUUAAGCACAGCGAUAAUAGGCCCAUGUAAAUUCUUUUUGUUUUAUCAACAAUCAAAUGCAUUACAAACGUUCAACACAUUGAUGUAAGGAUGAUGAAUAAAAUCUUUAAAAAAAUGUAAA